AUGAAGGCUGCCUUUCGCAACACCUGCUGGAAGCCUUCGAUAGUCUCAAGACCGAGGCUUUCGAGACAAGCCCCAGUUCUAACUUCCCACCGGCAAUUUUUGCAUUCCCAUCGACCUAGUAAAGCUCCCGCAGCUGCAAGUCAAGAGAACGUGCAGCGGCCGUACGAUUCUUCAAACCCAGCCCUUUCUUUUCCUUGUCUAGAUGCGUUAGAUGCGAAAUCGGCUCUCCUUUCUACUAGAUCCCUUUCCUCUGGUCCGGAGCCCUCUUAUACAACUGGCCAGCAUGAACAGUUUCAAUCGUCUGGCCUAUUACUGCUGGAUUGGGGUGGUGUGCUGCCGGAAUUCGAGAUUGCAUAUGAGACCUGGGGGACAUUGAAUUCGCAGAAAACCAAUGCCAUACUUCUCCAUACCGGCCUAUCGGCGUCGAGCCAUGCGCAUAGUACCAAGGCAAACCCAAAGCCGGGCUGGUGGGAGAGGUUUAUCGGGCCUGGAGCACCCCUAGAUACGGAUAAAUAUUUUGUUAUUUGUACCAAUGUCAUUGGGGGCUGUUAUGGCAGCACGGGGCCUUCAUCAAUUGAUCCAUCAGAUGGAAAACGCUAUGCCACCAGGUUCCCUAUUCUCACUUUGGACGAUAUGGUUCGAGCCCAGUUUCGACUACUGGAUUCACUAGGAAUCGAAAAACUAUCUGCGUCGGUAGGGUCGAGUAUGGGUGGCAUGCAGAGUUUGGCUGCGGGUGUAUUGUUCCCCGAGCGUGUGGGCAAAAUCGUGACUAUCAGCGGCUGUGCCCGUAGUCACCCCUACAGCAUUGCCAUGCGACAUACACAACGACAGGUGUUAAUGAUGGAUCCCAACUGGGCUCGUGGGUUUUAUUAUGACUCCAUCCCUCCCCAUUCUGGCAUGAAACUUGCCCGAGAAAUCGCCACUGUGACCUACCGCAGUGGCCCAGAGUGGGAGAUGAGAUUUGGGCGCAAACGUGCCGAUCCAAGCAAACAACCGGCACUCUGCCCAGACUUCCUUAUAGAAACAUACCUCGAUCAUGCUGGCGAAAAGUUUUCUUUAGAGUACGACCCAAAUAGUCUUUUAUAUGUCUCGAAGGCUAUGGAUCUUUUUGACCUUGGCAUUUCUCACCGGCUGCAAGCGCGUCAACGACGGGUAGAUAACAAACGGAGACUCUCGACGAGCACAGCUGUGCCCCACAAUCAUCCAUCCUGCAGUCUUACUCUUCCCAUGCGACCAUACGAAGAACAGCCCAUCGAAUCGAACGGCUCUUCGCCAAUAGACGCAGGCGACCUUGACGGCUCUCCUACGUCGUCUUACCCCUUGAAGCCGCCUGCAGACUUGGUGUCCGGCUUAAAGCCACUCCAGAGCCAUCCCAUUCUCGUAAUGGGAGUGGCAAGCGAUAUCCUCUUCCCGGCCUGGCAGCAACGCGAAAUUGCGGAGUCACUGCGAGCCGCCGGAAAUACCACUGUAGAACAUCAUGAACUGGGAGAGGAUGUGUCCGCAUUUGGCCAUGAUACCUUUUUGUUGGAUUUGGAGAAUAUUGGAGGACCUGUCCAGCGUUUUUUGGCAUAG